UGUGGAACAAACUAUGCCCUCGGACCACAAGCAGUGGGUCAUUCCGUUUGCCAUCCAACUGAUCCCCUCGGGCAUGCUCUUCGUCGGCUCCCUGUGGAUGAGAGAAUCCCCUCGUUGGCUCUUCCUCAAGGGUCGUCGCGAGGAAGCCAUGAAGAACCUCUGUUGGAUCCGUCAACUCGAUGAGCAUGACAUCUACAUCACCGAGGAGGUCGCCACCGUUGACCAAGCCAUCGAGGAACAGAUCGCCACUGUUGGCUUGGGCUUCUGGAAGCCAUUCAAGGCUGUCUCUCAGUCGACUAGCCUGAUGUACCGUCUCUUCCUGGGUUGCAUGCUGUUCUUCUGGCAGAAUGCGUCCGGUAUCAACGCCAUCAACUACUACAGCCCUACCAUCUUCGAAAGUCUCGGUGUUACCGGCAACACGAAGGGUAUUCUCAACGGCAUCUUCGGUGUCGUCAAGGCGGUCUUCACCGUCAUCUGGUUGCUCUUCCUGGUUGACCAGUUUGGACGCCGGAAGCUCCUCCUCUGCGGUGCCGUCUGCGGAUCAGCCUGCAUGUAUGCGAUUGGCGCUUAUAUCUAUAUCGUUGAGCCGACCAAGCACCCCCGCGACCACCUCAACGGUGGGGGUAUUGCUGCCAUCUUCUUCUUCUACCUGUGGACCGCCGUCUAUACCCCCACCUGGAACGGUACCCCUUGGGUCAUCAACUCCGAAUUCUUUGAUGCCAACAUUCGGCCGCUAUCGCAGGCGUGCACCACCGCCAGCAACUGGCUCUUCAACUUCCUUGUCUCUCGGUUCACCGAGCAGAUGUUCGCUAAAAUGGGCUAUGGCGUGUACUUCUUCUUCGCGUCGCUGUCCUUCCUUGCCUGGUUCUUCGCUUUCUUCCUCAUCCCUGAGACCAGCGGUAUCCCGCUGGAAGCGACCGACCAGCUGUUCAAGAUCAAGCCCAUCUGGCGCGCGAACGAACAGCUGAAGGCCCAGCUGAAGGAAGAGGAGGAGCGCUUCCGCCAGGAGGUCAAGGACGGGGCGUUCGAGAAGAACGACCCGCAGGAGCACGUCGAGAGCGCAUAAUUAAUUGGUUUCGUUGGUUUUGUAACGACAUAGACAUUGUACAUAGAUUUAGCGCUUGAGUAUAUAUAUCGAUCAGGCUUGACCUGCUGGCAGAAACGAAUUCGUCUUUUUGGCGCAUGUGACCUGAGUUCAGUGUAACGUAAAUGCCUAGUCUUCGCCGAUCUUGCCGCCCUGAACACCGCAGGGCUGCUUUGCUAGUACCAGUCGUCGCCCUUAAAGUUUCUAGGCCAGUUUGAUCACCCGUCGAGCACGGAGAUCUAUGACCAAAUAUGUAACCGCAUCCUGAUCAUCAGCACCCUGCCGCAGGCCACCGUUUCUGCAGCGCGUCACCAGCUGAUCUCUGUGUGACCUGUGUGACCGGUGCAACCCAGUUGGAUCCCUGCACGGCACACGCACAUGCAUAACCCGUCGCAUCAAUUGCAUCUUACAAACCUAACAGUCAUG